UGUGGGUGUGGGGUUCCCCCCCCCCAAAAAAAUUGUAUUUUGUUACAAGAAUAAUUUGAUACAGGUUUAUUGUACUUACAGUGUGGCGCAGUGGUUAGAGUGCUAAAAUAGGUUCUGGAAGACCAGAGUUCAAAUCCCCACUUGGCCAGGAAGCUCACUUGGUGACCUUGAGCCCGUCACUCUUCUCUCAGUCUAGCCCUACCUCACAGGGUUGUUGUGAGCAUAAAAUGUUGCUGGGGGUGAUGUCCCGUACGGCCACACCCUGAGCUCCCUAGAGGAAAGGAAGGAUAUAAAAUGUAAUAGAGAGUGUGAGUGCAUACAAAUUGCUUUGAGAACUUUUGGAUAGUAAAACGGUCGACAAAAUGGAAAUAAACUAAGAAAGCCUAAAUGCCAGGGAGCAGGGUCAUUUCCUACAGAUAACUUGGCCUGUGUAAAUAGGAUAGAGAAAUUCUCUACAACAGCGGUUCUCAAAGGAUGUGGCAGAAAGAUUCAAGGACAAAGAGACAUUUAAACAUUUUAGUGUUGCAUGGUAUCAGAAUAAUUUAUUUGCAGAAUAUGGAUAGAUACCUUUUCAAAACGAGAGCAAGAGCAUCAAGCCAUACUCUUAAAAAUCACAAGCGAUGCUCUUCUAAAUCAAGCACUACCAGGGGUUUGUCUCUUUUUUUGUUUUCCGAUGAAUUUCUAUCAAUUUUUAAAAAAAAAAUCAGCGCGGCGCAGAGGGAAAAAAAGUUUGAGAACCACUCUGCUCUAAAAAGUACAAUAGCAGCGGCAGCAGCAAUUAAAGGAAAGCUGAAGAACCCGACUGAAAACGAGGAAGAAAGCGUUUAGACGAGGAACGGGGUGAAAAGAGAGCAAAAGCGGCCGCCGCCCACGCCAUUUCCCCGCUUUGAUUUUUUUUUCAAGGCAAUCGAACGACGAAGCCGGAGGAAAGAAUGCGGGAGCCUGAUUGGCCUCGGAUCGAGGCGGACCUGAAGGGAAACCGCGGGGGGGGGAGCCGGGAAGCGGCGCUCGGCGUCCGGCUGCAACUCUGCACCUAUAUAAUCAUUGGAGGGGGGGCGGUCAGCUGGGGCGUGAAGCGAGGUUUCUGCAAGGUGUCCGGCAUGCAAGGGCGAGUGGGGAGGCUGGAGGAGAUGGGGGCAAGGAUCGUGGCCCUGGUGCAGGGCGCCGUCGCCCUGAAAGAAGACUUGCAAGCCGAACUGGGGCAUGACUUUGCGUACCAAGUACAUCAAGUCAGCUCUCAUGGGUUCCCUGAUGAAGGAGCACAUCAAAGUCAGCUACAACCGGCGCUGUCACCCCUGCUGCCGUCCCUGUCACCCCUGCCACCGCCGCUGUCACCGCUGUCACCACCGCAGCCACGGCAGGCAACUUCUCCUUCAAAGGCAGCCUCUGGGAUGCAUCUGGGCAACGGCAGGGAGCAGCACGCGCCGGUGCUCGAUGCCGUCCUGAAGAACCAAGAAGCUCUCCGCAAGGUCUUGAUGAACCAGGAUGCACUGAGUAAUCUUGUGGACAGGCUCCAGAAGACCUUGUCCACCAUUGAAGAGAGGCUCCAAGGCAUUGAGCAAGAGAUGAGCAUCCUUUCUCAGUUCACCCAAGAACUCAACCAAGUGGGGAAUGAAGCUAACUGGAGCUGAACAGUCUCACCCAAGUAGCCCAAUGACAAACCUGGUUGCCAUCCAAAGCACCUGACUCUCCUGUUUCAGCUCUACCACAAUUCUCCCAGCACCUACAGAGAGAAUAUGCUGUACGAUACAAAAGCAAAAGGUUCUCAGUACUCAAGAUCUGAUCUUUACAGACAAACACUGCUGCAGUUAGAAAAGAUUUCAAUCUGGUUUGUGUGUCUCUCUUUUCCCUUGGAUGAAGAUGUGAUUUAUCUUACAACAUGAUCUGCCUCAAUCUAGCCUUAUUAAAAACCCCAGUUUGAUUAAAGAGCCUCAUGGUUCUUCUCUGAAGAGGCCUCUUGAUGUUGAGUCGUCAAGUCUGGAAUGUGCCCAGCUGAUAAAACUCGAGCCUUCCACCAGAAAUAGAAAUGUAAACAGCUUCCUUUUCUAGAGAUGCCUGCUUCUCUGCUUUUGCCCAUCUUCAUCCUAAAUGCGACAUGGAAAACCUCCUAGUGAGGGUGUGCUCACCUUCAAAACUCAAGGGUCAAGUAAGAAAUGUGAGCCAAAUGUGAGAUUUGUAGCUAUUGGCUCCUUCUAUUCUCAGCUUGGUUCCCACUUCAACCAUGAUAGAUAAAUGCAAGGAAGCCAAUGUUUUUGGACAUGAUCUUGAACAUUGCAGUGCAUUGAACUCUCGUGUGCAUCAAAUCCCACUAGUGGGUUUUAAUGUCAUAAUAAUCUGAGUGGGUUUUUAAUUCACAAUACUCCAGAUGGUGAGCUCACGGGUUUUGGGGUUAGCACUGUUGCACUUUCCGUAAGCUUACAGUGUGAGAUAGCAAAUGUGCUCUCGUGCAAGGGGUGAUUCCCCCCCUUCAUUUUACUGAAACUAUUGUUCGAGUGCUUUGGAAGAAUCAACGCAAUACAGAGACCUAUCGCUGUGUCCGAUGCCAGCCUGCUGCUAACAGUGGUCGUAUCCCAUGUCAUGUACACUGCAAGUGCCGAUUGGACAAACCGUUGUUUAGAAAGCUUCAUGUUGGGUAUGGUUCUUUGAGUGGCCUAAAUAGUGCUGUUAAGCUGGGUCACAAAUCAGAAAAGUAAAUUUUGCUUGCAAGAAAGAGGGGGGUGCUCCUCCCCAGGUCUUUCCUGCCCGUCCCCUCCUUGAAUGAAUGGGAGGCUGAUUACAGAUCCCUCCUUGCACUAAUCAAAUUAACUUCAGUUGAUCUUGCAGCGGAACCAUUUGUUAUUGUUUGUAGGGGUUUAUUAAGCACGGUUAAAUUUCAUAGUGAGUGAUUGGUACUAUAGCCAAGCCCUCCCUCUCCUAUGCCAGCCUGAAUAUUUUUGGAGCACCCACCUGUGUAGAAAAGGACUGACAGAUUUGUCUAUACUGAUCUUGAAUGUAUUCAUUUGCUCUCAACCCCCAUCCAGCUCUUCUUCUUCUGUGGUGGUUUGUACCUGUAUACCUUUGUGCAAUACUUGGCGAAAUAUGUCAAACAAAUAAAACUUU